AGAGCCCAGCUGUGUGUCUAUGAAGAGUGACUGCUCUAUGAUUGAGCCAAUGAAGUUUAAGAGUGAAGAUUUACAGCCUGGACUCAGUCAUGAAGUCCUCGACACAUUUAGAUCAAAUCUGCAGAAUAAGUUUGAGUUUCUGUGUGCGGGAACAGCGAUGCAGAGAAACCCAACACUGCUGAAUGAGAUCUACACAGAGCUCUACAUCACAGAGAGUGAGAGAGGAGAGAUCAAUAAUGAGCAUGAGGUGAGGCAGAUUGAGAAACAAUCCAGGAGAGAAGCAACAGAGGACACAGCCAUCAAAUGCAGAGACAUCUUCAGACCUUUACCUGGACAAGACAAAGACAUCAGAACUGUGCUGACAAAGGGAGUCGCUGGCAUUGGAAAAACUGUCUCUGUGCAGAAGUUCAUGCUGGACUGGGCCGAAGGGAAAGAGAAUCAGGACAUCCAGCUCAUAUUUCCACUUCCUUUCAGAGAAAUCAACUUGAUGAAGAGCAGAACACUCAGUCUUUUAGAUCUUCUUCAUAUCUUCUUCCCUGAAACUAAAGAAAUGGAAAUAUCCAGUGAUGAAUAUAAAGUGUUGUUCAUCUUUGAUGGUCUGGACGAGUGUCAUCUGUCUCUGGACUUUAAGAGUAAAGUGAAUCUGUGUAAUAUAUCUGAGUCAGCCUCCGUGGAUGUGCUGCUGGUGAACCUGAUUGUGGGGAAUCUGCUUCCCUCUGCUUUCAUCUGGAUCUCCUCCAGACCAGCAGCAGCUGAUCUCGUCCCCUCUGAGUGCAUCCAUCGGAGUGACAGAGGUAAUGCAGGCUUCAAUGAACCCCAGAAGGAGGAAUACUUCAGGAAGAGGAUCAGUGAUCAGAGUCUUGGCGAUAGGAUCAUCUCACACCUGAAGUCCUCCAGGAGUCUCUUCAUCAUGUGUCACAUCCCAGUCUUCUGCUGGAUCUCAGCCACUGUUCUUGAGAAGAUCUUGAGUCGAGCAGAGACUGGAGAGAUUCCCAAGACUCUCACUCAAAUGUACACAAACUUCCUGAUCCUUCAGACCAACAUCAAACAUGAGAAGGACUAUGAGAAGAACGUGACAGAUGAAGACAUGAUCCUCAAACUGGGGAAACUGGCUUUUCAGCAGCUUGUGAAAGGAAACCUGAUCUUCUAUGAUAAAGACCUGAAAGAGUGUGACAUUGAUGUGACAGAAGCAUCAAUUUAUUCAGGACUGUGCACUCAGAUCUUCAGAGAGGAGCUGGGCUUGUUUCAGGGGAAAGUCUUCUGCUUCGUUCAUCUGAGCCUUCAGGAACUUCUAGCAGCUCUAUAUGUUCAUCUGUCUUUUACAAACAAGAAGAGAAAUGUUUUCGACCAAACCAAACACAGUUUGUUGUCCAAGAUAUUUUACCAGAAUAAAUAUAAUUCACUCUCUGAGCUGCAUCAGAGAGCUGUGAACGAGGCUCUAAAGAGUAAGAAUGGACACCUGGAUCUUUUCCUGAGGUUUCUUCUGGGUCUCUCAGUGGAGUCUAGUCAGACUCUCUUAAGAAAACUACUGACACAGACAGGAAGCUGCUCCUACAACAAAGAGAAAACAAUUCAGUUCCUCAAACAGAAGAUAAGGAAAAAUCUGGGAAGUUCAGAGAAAUCCAUCAACCUGUUUCACUGUCUGAAUGAACUGGGUAAUGAUUCACUGAUGCAGGAAAUUCAGGAUUAUCUGAAAUCUGGAGAAAUAAGAGAAACCAAACUCUCCUCUUCACAGUGGUCAACUUUGGUUUAUGUGUUGCUGACAUCAGAGCAGAAGAUGGAUGUUUUUGAUCUAAAACAGUUUAUUGGAACACAAACAAAAGGUGAUAAAGUUGUUCAGUAUCUGUUACCUGUGGUUAAAGAAUCCAGAUCAGUUCGGCUAUGUGGAUGCAAACUCACUGCUCAGUCUUGUGGACGUUUGUCUUCAGUUUCACAAUCCUCAAACUCAAACAUCCUGAGAGAGCUGGACCUGAGUAACAAUGACCUGCAGGAUUCUGGAGUGAAGCUGCUCUCUGAAGGACUGAAGAGUCCAAACUGUCAUCUGGAGAUUCUGAGCCCAGCCGGAACAAGUUGCAGGUGUGACCGAUCUCCUGAUGAAGAGUGCUGCCAGGCGAUUGUUGUGUUUUUAAUGUCUCUGUUUUUGUGUUCAGGGGUCAGUUUUUUCACACUGGAUCCAAACACAGCACACACUCGUCUCAUUCUGUCUGAGGAGAACAGAGAAGUCACAAAUCAUUUUGAGUCUCAAAGGUACCGUAAUCAUCCAGACAGAUUUGAUGUGUAUCGUCAGGUGUUGUGUAGACAGAGAGUGUGUGGACGCUGUUACUGGGAGACUGAGUGGAGUGGACGUGUGUCUAUAUCAGUGUCAUAUAAGAACAUCAGCAGGAAGGGACCGGGUGAAGAGUGUUUGUUUGGAGCUAAUGAUCAGUCCUGGACUUUGUUCUGCUAUCCUGAGAGAUACUUUUUUAGACACAAUAAGAUAGUGACUCAUCUCCCUGUGAAGCCCAUCAUCAUCAUCAGAAGAAGAACAGGAAAGUAUGAUAAUGAUAUCUACAGAGUAGGAGUUUAUGUGGAUGAGAGCGCAGGAACUCUGUCCUUCUUCAGCGUCUCUGACACAAUGAGACUCAUCCACACAGUCCAGACCACAUUCACUCAGACACUUUGUCCUGGGUAUUGGGUCUAUUUUGGAUCAACAGUGAAACUGUGUUGA